CAGCGACCCGACGCGUCCAUUAAGCGCAUCGCGAGGGGGCGGCGGGGCGCCUCAGCGGGCAGCGGGCAGCUAGAACAGCGUGGGACGUGGGGCUCUGGUCGAGCGGAGCGGGGGCCGAUACAUCACAGCGUGAGCCGAGCCACUCGGUGGGGGCAAGCGCAGAACCGUCGCCCCCCCGCGGCCGCACGAUGGUACAGCCCGGCCGGGUAAAGAGGCCGGGUGGCGCUGUCCGCCAAGGAAGCAAUAUGGGGCUACGCGCGGGUGGAGCUCUCCGGAGGGCGAGUGCGGGGCCUGGGGCGCCCGACGGUCAGGGACCCAGUGGCGCGCAAGGAGGCAGCAUCCACUCUGGCUGCAUCGACACUGUGCACAACGUGCCAAUCGCCGUGCUCAUCCGGCCGCUGCCGUCGGUGCUGGACCCGGUCAAGGUGCAGAGCCUCGUGGACACGAUCCUGGAGGACCCUGACAGUGUGCCCCCCAUCGACGUCCUCUGGAUCAAAGGGGCCCAAGGCGGUGACUACUACUACUCCUUUGGGGGCUGCCACCGCUAUGCAGCCUACCAGCAGCUACAGAGAGAGACCAUUCCUGCCAAGCUCGUGAGGUCUACCCUUUCAGACCUGAGGAUGUACCUGGGUGCAUCCACACCAGACUUGCAGUAGCAACCUCCUGAUACCCCACUCCCGCCUUUUCCACACCAGCACCACUUCCUGGUGCUCAGAAGACACCUGCAGGCCCCCGUGGGCAGACGUUAUAGAAGGAAUAUGUUCUUUUCCUACUUAAGGAGGGGUGUCUGCCUCUUGGUGCCUCUGCACUAGCCCCCAGGGACUAGCUCCCAAGAAUGAGGGGGUUCCGUUCUUCAGUCUAUGAAAAGAUAACACGGCCUUGACCCUGAUGGAGUACCAAGAGGAGGAAGUAAGAAAGAUGGACUCGGAGACAAGGACUCUCCAUUUUACUCUUUAUGAUAUCUUAUCACUACAUGAACUAGGUACUAGGAAGUGAAGGAAAACCUAGGUCACCGUGGCUUAAGUGAGAGACGCUUGUUAUCCGCAUAGCCUGAACCCUGGAGCAGGUGACUAACACAGUAUUAUAUCUAACGGAGUGCCGUAUCAAUGCUCAGUGAGGGCGGGGCCUCCUCUCAGUAAUCUCAUUGCUCCUUGCUUCGUAGUCACAAGAUGGCUGCUGUGUUUCUAGAAAUCAUGUCUGUUGAGAAAGAACCCCGAUAGACCAACUUCUGUCAGAAAGGAAAACCUCGUUCAGAGGUUUGCACAGUCGCCUUGGUCUGAGCUGGCGACCAUCGCCACUCACAGUUGCAAAGAAAGCAGACAUUAGGAAACGUUAUCACAGCUGAGCGUGGCUGCCUUGUUCAUUCCCUGGAAUCCUGGAACAGGCCCUUUGCUCCCUGCAACACAAUUGGGGAUCCCAUUGGCAGGAGAGGGAGGUAGCCUUUGCUACGAAACAAGCCAUCCCCAGACUCAACAGCUAACCAAGUAUUCACGUACCCGUGAUUCUGUGGGUUAGCUAAGCUCCUUUGAGCAGCUCUACUAGUGUGGCCUGGUCCUGCUCAUGAGCCCAGUCACUUCUCACUUCAGCUGGGGCUGGUUAGGCUGGGGUCACCCAGCCAUUGUAGCAAGUGUUGGUUGCAUCGGCUUGGUUAACCUUGUUGCCCCUCUAGCAGGUCAGAGCAGGCUUAUUUUCAUGAUGGCCUCAGGGUUCCAAGGGAGAGUAGUAGUGACUGAGCAGGACCUGGGGCGGUGGCUCGGCUGUUAAGAGCACUUACGUGGUGUUAUGACACAGUCAUCCCUGUUCCAGAUGACCUGAUACCCUCUUCUAGCCUCUGUGGACACAGACAUUACACAUGUGAGAAAAGCACUUUUUUCUUUUUUCUUUUUGAGACACUGGGUUUUUCUGUGUAGCUCUGGCUAUCCUGGAACUCACUCUACAGAACCAGGCUAGCCUUGAACUCAGAGAUCUGCCUCUACCACCUCCUAAGUGCGGGUGUACUACUGUUACCCAGGGACAUUUUUUUUUUCAGAGCUGACUGAACCCAGGGCCUUGUGCUUGCUAGGCAAGCGCUCUACCACUAAGCUAAAUCCCCAACCCCUGACUUUUUUUUUUUAAAAGGUGACAAGGUUUCUUCAGCCCCGGUGCUAGGACUGUGUCUCCACUGGUCAGUUCAUUCCUUAGAUUUCAGGGGUGCAAGUGGACCCAGCUCUCAAUGGGAGGAACUAUAAAGAACGUGGGGCCAUCUUUCAUCACAGAUGAAUCUUGGUGGACAAGAGACAGAAUUUCUCACUCCCACACAUAAGCACUCCCGUUCACAAGUUUAUUGAUAAGCACACAGAGGGGCCAAGUCAGCCUUUAAGUAAGGUUCUUAAAACCUAGAAGAAGUCGUGGCACGGUGCCUUCUAGAGCUGGGUACCCCACUCCAAGGAUGAUUCAUAAGCAGAAUGAGGUGGAUAACGGGGCAUUCAGAGGGGCUUCCGCAAACCCAGAGUCCACAAGGCAACGGAAGCAGCAGGGUGAGGUGGCACUUGCUACGCUUGUCAUUUUCAAGCCUCUGUCUUCCCAGCUCAAUAGUGAGGUCACCAGCUUCCCCACCCACUGAGUGUCCCAGAGAAUGAGAUUGAAAGGAAUAAAGUGUAUUGUGGUGCUGGAUUGAUUCUUAGGACCAAACAGAGACCAGGGAGAGAAAGCACUUUAGCAGGUCAACCAGGACUCAUACUGUCUGGGUCUUAGUUACCUUCCAGUUUGUAAUCAUAUCUCUGGGGUGGGCUGGAUGAAGAUAUAUGGGAACCCUUUGGUCUCUGCAACUUUUCUGUGAAUCUAAAGUCAUUCUAAAAUAAAAGUUUAUUUAAUUAAAACACACACACAAUGCAAUGGC